CAACUCAAUCAUAUACACCUAAUCAUCAUUUUCUGGCACAACUAUAUAAGUCAUUCAUCUACUCCAUUUCUUAUUCGUUUUCUGCCUUUCGAAACCCUAGAAAAUUCCUAAUUUCUAGCCUAGAUUCCCUCUCCACCGUAGAAAUCUCCCAGCAAUUUCGCCGAUAAACCCCAAAUCCCUAGAUCUGAUCCACAUUUCUGAAUUCACCUCAAUUAGAAAAAAAUUUGACGUUUUUCAGUCGAAAUUUUUACGUAUGGUGGGCAUGGGAAGGGUUGAAAAAGAGGCAAUUGCCAAACCCUACUCAUCGUCCUCCCCUUCAUCAUCAUCUACGGUGACUACGUCAACAUCGGUGACGGAGACGGUGAAUGGCUCUCAUGAUUUUAAGAUUACUGGGUAUUCUUUGUCCAAGGGGAUUGGGAUUGGAAAGUACGUCGCUUCCGAUACGUUUAUGGUAGGUGGGUAUACGUGGGCGAUUUAUUUCUAUCCUGAUGGGAAGAGUACUGAAGAUAAUUCAACAUAUGUGUCGUUAUUUAUUUCUCUAGCAAGCGAAGGGACGGAUGUAAGGGCUCUUUUUGAGCUGACGCUAAUUGAUCAAAGUGGUAAGAGUAGGCAUAAAGUGCAUAGCCAUUUUGGGAGAGCGUUGGAGAGUGGACCGUACACUCUUAAAUACCGUGGAAGCAUGUGGGGAUAUAAGCGUUUCUUUAAAAGAACUGCUUUAGAAUCAUCAGACUACCUGAAGGAUGAUUGCCUGCAAGUUCAUUGUUGUGUUGGUGUAGUGAGGUCUCGCACCGAAGGACCUAAAACCUACUCGAUUCCUCUAUCUCCAUCAGAUAUUGGACUGCAUUUUGGACGGCUCCUUGAAAGUGGGAAGGAUACUGAUGUGAACUUCGACGUUAAUGGAGAGGUAUUUGCUGCUCACAAAUUGGUACUUGCUGCAAGGUCACCUGUGUUCAGAGCCCAACUUUUUGGUCCAAUGAAGGAUCAAAAUACAGAGCAUAUAAACGUAGAAGACAUGGAAGCCCCAGUUUUUAAGGCUCUUCUUCAUUUCAUUUACUGGGAUGUGCUGCCAGACAUGGAAGAACUCACAGGGUUGAACACAAAAUGGGCAUCAACCUUGAUGUCUCAACAUCUGCUUGCGGCAGCUGAUUGUUAUGGGUUAGAUAGGCUCAGGUUGCUCUGUGAGGCUAACCUGUGUGAGGAAGUUGCUAUUAAUACUGUUGCAACAACUUUAGCCCUGGCUGAACAGCACCAUUGUUUCCAGCUGAAAUCCGUCUGUCUCAAAUUUGUUGCCAUGCCAGAAAAUCUAAGAGCUGUAAUGCAAACUGAUGGUUUUGACUAUCUGAGAGAAAGUUGUCCUCAUGUCCUCACAGAACUGUUGGAGUAUGUUGCUAGGGUAAAUGAACAUUCUGGCAUUACCAACAAGCUAGGGAAUGAGGUUGUCCUUGACGGCGGUGAUUUCAAUGGUCGACGUGUGAAACAAAGAUUGUAGUUGAAGUUGUAACUGCCAAAAUGUGUGGUCCUUAAUAGGAUAGAAACAUACAUCAUGAUGCAGGCUGUAGUUUGACAUAGAUGUAAAUUUGGGUCUGUCUGUGUCAUUGAUGUUGUGGUAUCAUCUAUAUAAAAUAUCUUGUUCCUAGUAAAAUAUGUAUGUGCAUGGUUCGUGCUUCUUGAGGCUCUUGAUACAUUUCCUAGACAGCUUCUAACUCUUUGUCCAUAAGGUUUUCUCUCUACUCCCCUUAGUUAUGUAUUUAUUAUUUUGGCCCUUGAUUUUUCAGUUAAAUAUGUAAUUUAUUUGCAUUA